AUUUCUUGGCUCCCAUGAAACCCCUUGUCACAGUUGUUGCUAAACCGCAUUCGUCCUCCAGUGUAGACACACCUUCAGGCGUGAUGUCUCCUUCUUCGCAGGGGUCGGGUGUGCGGAGUGCGCAGGCGCGGCAGCUGUGCAUUGACCUGGAGACGCGGGGAAAGCGGGCCUUGCCUAUCUUCAUCCACUGCCUCCAGGAAACGGGUCAAGGCGCUCUAGCCGAUCUGCUGCGAGAGGGAUGCGGUCCAGCGCCGGCGGUGCCCACGGACCACAUAAGACCCGUCCCCAUCCAUGUGGACCCAGUGACGGAAAGACCCCAACAACCAAGGCUGGAUAUUACACCAGUUCACGGCUUCGGCGGAGAAAAAACCCGGAGAAACUCGGAAACAGCGUAUCUCCUCACAAACGACCCUUGCGGCUACUGCCUCAUCAUCAACAACGUCAACUUCACCGAGGCCUCCCGACUUGGCCGGCGCUCCGGAUCUGACCUGGAUUGCAAGCGGAUGGAGGAGCGCUUCAAGUCCUUGUGUUUCGAGGUCUUGACCCGGCGGGAUCUCUCGGCUGAGGCCAUCGUGGUGGAGUUGCAGAGCCUGGCCAGGCGCGACCACAGCUCAAUGGACUGCUGCCUUGUGGUCAUCCUUUCUCAUGGCUGCCAGACAAGCCACAUCCAGUUCCCGGGCGGCAUUUAUGGCACGGACGGCCACCGUCUUUCGGUGGAGAAGAUUGUCAGCUUCUUUGAUGGGUCCCGUUGCCCCAGCCUCAGGGGGAAACCCAAGAUCUUCUUCAUCCAGGCAUGCGGAGGAGAGGAGAAGGACCGCGGCUUCCAAGUGGAUCUGGACCCGUCCUUUAAUGAUCCGGCAAGUGUUGAAUCCGAUGCGAUGCCUUUUCGAAUCCAACCGGGCAAUGCUGAUGAACCAGACGCUGUUGCAAGCUUGCCGACCCCCAGCGACAUGUUGGUGUCUUAUUCCACGUUCCCAGGGUUUGUAUCCUGGAGGGAUAAGUUGACCGGUUCCUGGUACAUCGAAAGCCUGGACCAAGUCCUGGAGCAGUUUGCCCGUUCGGAAGACCUGCUCGAUAUGCUUCUCCGAGUUGCCAAUGCUGUCUCGGCCAAAGGGACCUUCAAGCAAAUGCCCGGCUGUUUCAACUUCCUCCGGAAGCGGUUCUUCUUUAUGGCCCGAUGAACGUGCCUUCCAUAUUGGAUUUCUAUCCUGCCAUAUCGAGGAAUAGCGCGAAAGGGUGGCUUUGGUGCCAUCUAGUGGCCGCCUUUGGAGCUGCCGUUAUCCACUUCCCCGAUUUUACUCUUCCAGAUUUUCUACGCUUUUUCAAAAUGGUCCUUCAGUUUCAUUUGCGAACGGGAAGUUGAACUGACCCCAUAGUAGAGUUGUACAAUACACAAUAAUACUUUUCAUAUAUCA